ACAUUUCAAUGAGCAAAGGAUACCUGUUUUGAUCCCCAACAGACUUAACAGAAUGUUCUCUUAAGAAUGUUCUCUUAAGAGAAUGUAGUUAACAAGUUGUGGCUUUACUGAAUUUGGCCGUGUCUUAGUUCCUGGUUUUGCAAUCAAAUUUGAAUUGACCUGAUCACAUCCUGCUCAGCCUGUGGCAGUUGAACAUGGUCGACCUAGUAAAACGUCAUAUGCAACAGCAGAAGUGAAGCAACAUUCUUUUACAAGGUAUUCGUUUAAAGAGACACCGAGCUUCUAUCAGACAUUUCCAGAGCAACCAAGUUUUAGGACCUACAAUGGCUGACAAAGUAAACAUGUUGCCCUUCUUCUAUGGCAACAUCACUCGAGAGGAGUCAGAGGACUACCUCCAUCAAGGUGGCAUGGCUGACGGCAUGUACCUGCUGAGGCAGAGUCGGAGCUACUUGGGGGGCUAUGCCCUGUCUGUAGCCUACGGGCGCCAGUGCUUCCACUACACCAUUGAGAGGAACCUCAACAACUCCUACGCCAUCGCUGGUGGUAAAAGCCACCCAACCCCUGUGGACGUAAUUGACUACCACUCUCAGGAGUCUGAUGGGCUGGUGUGUCUACUGAAAAAGCCCUACAACAGGCCCAAGGGCAUGCAGCCCAAGGUCGGCCCUUUUGAGGACUUAAAGGAGAAACUGAUCAGGGAAUACGUAAAACAGACCUGGAACCUCCAGGGUGCAGCCCUGGACCAAGCCAUCAUCAGCCAAAGGCCUCAACUGGAGAAGCUCAUUGCCACCACCGCUCACGAGAAGAUGCCUUGGUUUCACGGUGCUAUCACUCGUGAGGAGUCUGAGCCACGCCUACAAAGCGGCUCACGCACCAACGGGAAAUUUCUUAUUAGACAGCGGGACUUGAAUGGUUCCUACGCCCUUUGUUUCCUACACGGAGGACAGGUCAUGCACUAUCGCAUUGACAGAGACAAGACGGGCAAGCUUUCCUUCCCAGAUGGCAAGAAGUUUGACACGCUGUGGCAGUUAGUGGAGCACUACUCUUACAAACCAGAUGGACUGCUUCGCGUGUUGACAGAUCCCUGUCCCCGACCAGAAGGAAACGUGGAUAUUGGCCGACCUCCUCUACCACGGGAUCACCCUGUUGACAGUUCUGGUAUCACUUCUCAAAAAGCUAUUCUGUUCCUACAAGGAGCGACAGGUGGAAUGCUCUCCAGACUCAAAUCCUACACCUUACCCAUACCUGGGAAGAAAGAAAAGAGGGAGACACGUAACAAAACCACAGAUAACCUUAACCCUUAUGAAACCAGGGUUCCUAAUAAUCAGGGGCUCAACAAAGAGGCCAUGCCUAUGGACACAGAGGUGUAUGAGAGUCCCUACGCAGACCCAGAUGAGCUUAGGACCUGCACCGUAGACCGCAAACAGCUCUUCCUAGAAGAUGGAGAGUUAGGUUCUGGGAACUUUGGCACAGUCCUUAAAGGCGUCUACAAGAUGAGGAAGACAGAGAAGCCGGUGGCAGUGAAGAUCUUGAAAAAUGAUGACAACAACCCGGCCGUGCGUGAUGAGAUGCUGAGGGAGGCCAGUGUCAUGCAGCAACUGGACAACCCCUACAUUGUCCGGAUGAUUGGAAUCUGCGAGGCCGAGAAUCUUAUGCUGGUCAUGGAGCUUGCAGACCUGGGACAGCUCAACAAGUUUCUGCAGAAGCACAAGCAGAUCUCCAUUAAGAACAUCACAGAACUGGUGCACCAAGUCUCUAUGGGCAUGAAGUACCUGGAGGAACACAACUUUGUCCACAGGGAUCUUGCAGCCAGGAAUGUGCUCCUUGUCACCCAGCACUAUGCUAAGAUCAGUGACUUUGGGCUCUCCAAGGUCCUCACAGAGGAGGAGAACUACUAUAAGGCCAAAAGCCAUGGGAAGUGGCCAGUGAAAUGGUACGCCCCAGAGUGCAUGAAUUUCUUCAAGUUUUCAUCAAAGAGUGAUGUGUGGAGUUUUGGAGUCCUAAUGUGGGAGGCCUAUUCACAAGGGCAGAAACCGUACAAGGGGAUGAAAGGAAAUGAGGUCAUCCAGAUGAUCGAAAGCGGUGAGCGCAUGGCUGCCCCUCUCAACUGUCCACCAGAGAUGUAUGACCUUAUGAAGAAGUGCUGGACAUACAAAGUGGAUGAAAGGCCUGGAUUUGUGGUUGUGGAGCCAAGACUGAGAGAUUAUUACUAUGAUAUAUCUCAGUGAUCAUUCUUUAUCAGUUCAUUAAGCAUUGGAGAGCGAGAAUGUAAAAGACAGAACAAUUUAAAAGGAAAGAGAGGAGAUAAUGAAUGAAUUUAUUAAUGAAUAAAUCUGUAACAUUUUAAAACCAAACAAUAUGUACAAUAUUUUUUUUAAACAACAAAAUGUCAGAGAAAAUCAGAAUCUAAUCUAUAGACUUUAACUUUAAAAUGGACCACAGACCACAAUUGAUGAUAGAUUUUGUUUCAACUAAUGCAAAUUAUGAGUCUGAUUUUCCAAUACUCAGUAUGUAUUUUGAGGUUUAUUUUAUAGUUCAUGUCCUAACUGUAUUAUUCUUUAUAUUACAUGACUUAAACAAAGUGUAUGUGUUUUAGUAGUCAAUUGUGUCCUAUAUAUUCCCUUUGUAAUGUAAUGGCACCUACUGUUAUAUACAAAAGGAAAUUGAUUCCUCACAUGUAUGUUAUAAACUUACGGCUGAAUAUAAGAUUGAAUGUGUGCUCAAGAUUGAUAAAUAAAAUGUGUAUUAUUGCAA